GGCUCACAAAAGAGAUAUGCACUAGAAAAUAGGCCAGCUUAAAGCAGUAGAUAAAUAGAUGGCAACAACAAGAGAUGAGAGAUGGAAAGAAGGGAAAGAGAAGCUUGUAUAAAGGUCUGUGAACCUAAUCUAUUUCUUUUGCAUUUCUAAUCGCUUCCAUCUGCUGAGGAAAAAAAUACUUCCGUAAACAACAAUAACAGAUCAUCAACCAUCGAAUUCCUUACGGAUUGAGAUUGAAUUUUAUGAGGAUGGUUGCUGGGUGGAGAAGGGCGUUCUGCACAUCCAUUCCCAAAGACAGAGAGUCCAAGGUUUUAACAGAGAAGCAGCAGCAUUGCGACAACAAUACCAACCAGAGCCCAAGAAUCAGCACCAAGUUUGCGUUUUUCUCCAACCCUUCAACCCCACGCUCACAGUCUCAGCCGGGAACCAGCCCCACCCUCCGGUGCCGGACGACGGUAGCCACCGUGACCUCCACUUCUUCAGUUCCCAAUAGUCCAAAACUCCAAUGCAGUAACGCUAAGACACCGAAGAGGAAAAGCAGUCCCGCGCUGCUUCAGCUCUCAAAUCCAUCCUCACCUAAGUCACCAUCCAGUUUCUCGCUUCUCAGAGCCAGCUUCCGAAUAUCCAGAAAUAGAUGUGGAAUCUGUGCCCACAGCGUGAAAACUGGGCAAGGAACAGCAAUUUUCACAGCCGAAUGCUCUCAUACCUUUCACUUUCCUUGCAUAGCCGCCCAUGUUAAAAGGCAACGCAUCCAUAUCUGCCCAGUCUGCAACGCAAAUUGGAAAGAACUGCCAGUGCUGGCUAUCUGCACCGACAAGCAGCUGAAGAAAGAUGAAGCCACCGAGGAAAACAGAGCAUACAACCUCGCACGAGAUAUCAAAACUCGGCCAUUGAAAGUAUAUAACGAUGAUGAGCCUCUGAUGUCUCCCACUUCCGUUGCUCGCUUCAAUCCCAUACCCGAAUCUGAUGAGAACGAAGAAGACCAAGAAGAAGAAUCGAUGGAGUUUCAAGGAUUCAAUGUCUCCCCAGUUGGUCCUCUUCUUUCAUCCCCCAGAAUCAGGACACUUGAAGUGUGCUUAUUACCGGAGGCUGCUAUUGUGGCUGCAAAUAGGAACUAUGAAACUUACGUAGUGGUGUUGAAGGUUAAGGCUCCGCCAUCGAGGUCGGUAGCGCGUCGAGCUCCAAUAGACCUGGUGACAGUGCUGGACGUGGGUGGGUCUAUGGCCGGUCAAAAGCUUCAGAUGAUGAAACGUUCAAUGCGAGUAGUGAUUUCAUCGCUUGGGUCCACUGAUCGUCUCUCAAUUAUCGCCUUCUCCUCGGGCUCCAAGAGGAUUUUACCAUUACGGAGAAUGACCAGCAGUGGCCAGAGAUCGGCACGUCGGAUUUUGGACGCAUUAACCAUAAUUGAUCAAACUCGAGAAGAAGUUUCUGUGACGAACGACGCACUGAAAAAAGCCGCGAAAGUGAUCGAAGAUCGACGCGAGAAAAAUCCUUUCACCAGCGUCAUCCUCCUCUCGCACGGUCAGGGCGAGCGAUCCGUCACUGCUGCAUCCUCCAAUCAGAAGUCCUCACUGGUCACUUCGUCCCGCUUCUCGCACCUGGAAAUCCCAGUCCACUCCGUGAAAUUCCAAGACAGUGGCGCUUGUCGCCACGCGCAGCCCGAUGACGCCCUUGCCAAGCGCAUGGGCGGUUUGCUCAGCGUAGCGGCUCAAGAUUUGAAGCUUCAACUAGGAAUUGUGUCCCGCUCCGUCCCUGUGGAGAUUGCCGCCGUAUAUUCUUUAUCUGGUCGACCAACGGCUCUUGGGGUGGGCAACGUCCGACUCGGUGAUCUCUACGCCGAGGAAGAGAGAGAAUUGCUGGUGGAGCUGAAAGUGCCCGCCGCUUCAGCCGGGUCCCACCACGUUCUGUCCGUACGGUCCUCCUAUCGGGACCCAUCCACCGAAGAGAUAGUUACUUCCAAAGACCACGCGCUGGUCAUACCUCGGCCACACGCCGUUCGAUCAUCAGACCCUAAAAUCGAACGGUUGAGGAACCUCCACGUCACGGCUCGAGGAGUAGCCGAAUCCAGACGGCUCGCCGAGCACAGUGAUCUGUCCGGAGCUCAUUACUUACUCACAUCGGCUCGCGCCUUGCUGAUGCAGUCGAGCCGGAAAUCGGCCGAUGAGUAUUUGCGCUGGUUGGAAGCUGAGCAAGCGGAGCUGCAGCGGCGCAGGCAGCAACAGGUCCAACAGAGCCAACGCCAUAGAGGGACGACGCGGACCGAGGAGAAGGCCGAGCCGAACACGCCCACGUCAGCUUGGAGAGCCGCAGAGAGACUGGCUAAAGUGGCCAUCAUGAGGAAGUCGUUGAACAGAGUCAGUGAUUUACACGGCUUUGAGAACGCAAGAUUUUAGUUGUAAUUUUCAUUUUGUGGGAAAUAAUUUUGUAGUAAAUAGACAAAAAUUAUUAAUAGAGAAUGUAAUUUUUUUCUAAAAAAAGAAACAAAAGUAACAUGGCCCAGUCCUGAGGCCCAGAAGCCGACAAACAAUACCGGACGGCCAGGCCCUUUUCUGCAAA